AAUUCUAUAAUUACGUCAAACCAUAGACGAUGAAUCACACACCAAAUUUAUCUCUUAUUUUAUUUGUAUUGUAUUGCAUUGUUCUGCUUCAUUCGAUGUAAUUGCGCUAUUUCAUCGAAAAAGUUAAACGCUAAAAGAUAGGUUGAAGUUAAACUAUAAUAAGAUAGUAGGCCUUAGUUGCCUGAUUGCACCAAUUUAUAGAAGCAAACUUGGAGAUGGCUAAACCAAAAACAGAAGAUGCUUCUGAAGAAGCGAAAAAAAUCGUCGAUGACGCAAAAAAUUUUAUCGAAAAAGCUAUAGGAGAUAUUGGAAAAACUUCUGCAACAAAACAACUUAUUUUGGGAACUGCGUCGGGAUGGAUUACUGGUUUUAUAACAAUGAAAAUUGGUAAAUUUGCUGCUGUUGGAAUUGGUGGAGGUGUUAUACUGUUGCAUAUUGCCAGCCAAAAAGGCUACGUUGAUAUCAACUGGGAUAAAAUCAAUAAGAAAGUUGACAAAAUCAGCGACAAAAUAGAGAAAGAAGCUACAGGAAAAUCUCCAGAUUGGUUCGAAAAAGUAGAGAGAUUUGUGGAUCGCAAAAUUGACAAAGCUGAAGAUUUGUUAAAGAAAAAAGAGAAAAAGGCAAAGAAAUGGUUUAACAAUUUCACUGGCGAUGAUCACUACAAAGCAACUGAAACACACAUAUUUUUAACAUCUUUUGUUGCUGGCAUGGCUAUUGGACUUCUUUGUGGAAAAUAAACUUUCCAACUUAAAAUUCUAUUAAAAAACUCAUUAAUCACUUCAAUUAUUCUUAAAGUAGAUCUGUUUAACAUAUAAUUAGAUUUGUGAUCGUAGUAUGCAUA